AACAUAGAACAUUUUUAUUAGAGUGAGAAAUGUUUUCAUGCACCAAAAGGUAUUAAAUAAUGUUUAUCUAAUCCCCCAAAAAAUGAAACUAGGAAUGGCAAUACCAAAAUGACGCCGUUUUCAGUUCUCAAGCUGCAACUCACGAGAGGAUCCUAGGGUUUCCAGCAGGGGCAGAGAAAGAGAGAGAGGGAAAAGUAGAGGAAUGGGAAAUCCGAAGCAGAAAUGGACGCCGGAAGAAGAAGAAGCCUUGCGCGCGGGCGUGGCCAAGCACGGCACUGGCAAGUGGAAGAACAUCCAGAGAGAUCCCGAGUUCAAUCACCUCCUAUUUUCCCGCUCCAACAUUGACCUCAAGGACAAAUGGCGUAAUAUGAGUGUUAGUGCUAGUAGCCAAGGCCCAAGGGAUAAAUCACGAACUGCAAAAUCAAAGGUCAGCCUGGAUGUUUCUGCUGCUUCAUUGUCAAACGCCCAGACUUCUGCUGCUCCAGCUGCGCAUGAUGCAUCUGCAGAUAUGGCUUUGGUUGAUCCUUCAAAAAGCUCAUUGGAUGGCAAAAAUGUUCCAAAGUACAACGCAAUGAUUUUUGAAGCACUUUCAACUUUGAAGGACCCGAAUGGAUCUGAUACCAGCGCAAUUGUUGGCUAUAUUGAGCAAAGGCAUGAGGUGCCCCAGAAUUUUAGGAGGUUAUUAAGUUCAAGGCUAAGAAGGCUGGUUGCCAGUGACAAACUUGAAAAGGUACAAAACUGCUUCAGGAUAAAAAAGCACCCCCUUCUGGGGACAAAAACACCUUCACCAAAACCAAAAGACAUCCGACCUAGGUUGUCACAGAACACCAGUUAUAUACCCUCCUGCGAUACUGUAGAAGAAGCAGCUGUCGCUGCUGCAUACAAGAUUGCUGAAGCUGAAAACAAGUCAUUUGUUGCAGCUGAGGCAGUUAAGGAGGCGGAGAGGGUUUCAAAGAUGGCUGAAGACACUGACACACUGCUGCAGCUGGCAAGAGAGAUUUUUGACAAGUGUUCAAGUGGUGAGCUUGUGAUUAUGGCAUGAGAUAUGGAUUUGCCUCCCUAUCAAGUCAGGGACAUAGACCCUGUUUAUGGGAAAAUGUAAACGAUCUUGCCCCUUUUUGCCUCAUUUUCUUCCAACCCUACUGGAGUGAAAACUUUCCUGGUUGUGUCUAUAUAAUUAUUAUUCAUUAUGGCUUCUUAAAUGGUUCAAUGGGUAUUAAAAAACAUAAAAACCAUUCUAAACAA